UUAAUCCAACUGGUAUUUAUUUUAGGAUUGGCAAAAACUGUUGGACUUAGGUCUAUUUACACUACAACAAGACCAAACCUUAUGUUGACAAAGGCAACAAAGGUAAUCUGCCAAGGUUUUACUGGAAAGCAAGGGACUUUUCAUAGUCAGCAGGCCAUUGAGUAUGGAACUAAAAUGGUGGGAGGAGUUUCCCCUGGAAAGGCUGGACAAAAACAUUUGGGACUGCCUGUCUUUGGAACAGUGAAAGAGGCUAAGGAAGCAACGGAUUGUGAUGCUACAGCUAUUUAUGUACCGCCAAGAUUCGCAGCAGCUGCCAUUGAAGAAGCCAUUGAUGCUGAGAUCCCACUUAUUGUUGUCAUAACAGAAGGUAUCCCACAACAAGAUAUGGUACGUGUGAAACAUAAGCUGAUACGUCAAAAUAAGUCAAGAAUGCUCGGGCCAAAUUGUCCAGGAAUUAUCAAGCCUGGAGAGUGUAAAAAUUGGUAUUAUGCCUGGACAUAUCCAUCAGAAGGGAAGAAUUG